AUGCCAUCUGUCCCUAGAAGACCUCUUAUCCUAUAUUUAAUGGUGCAUGAAAAAUCAAUGGGAUGUGUUUUGGGGCAACAUGAUGAAACAGGAAGGAAAGAACAAGCCAUUAUUACCUGGGCAAAAGACCCAAUCAAGUACAUCUUUGAAAAACCUUCAUUGUCGGGAAGAAUAGCAAGAUGGCAAGUGUUACUUUAUGAAUAUGACAUUGUAUAUGUGUCCCAAAAGGUAAUCAAAAGACGUGCUAUUACUAAAUUUCUUACAAAACAUGCUCCUAAAGAUUAUGUGCCUAUGACAUUUGAUUUUCCAAUGAAGACUUAUUGUCUAUACUUUUUGAUAUCUCUAGAAGGGGAUUACUACCCAAUCACUGCAAAACUAAAUUCUGAUUGCACUAAUAAUGUUACAAAAUAUGAAGCAUGUCUUCUAGGUCUUCAAGUUGCUUUUGAAAGAAAGGCCCAUGCUUUAAAAGUUUAUGGAGACUCUGCCUUAGUCAUAUACCAAUUCAGAGGAGAAUGA